AUGAAAGUACCAUCUUUGGAAGGCGAAAUGUUUAUGACCGCAGCAUAUGCUCCAAGUGCCAGAGCUACUUGCAGAAGCUGUUAGGCUAAAAUUGGCAAGGAUGAACUUAGAUUAAGCAAUAUUGUGGAUGAAGAUCAUUACUGUCAACAACAUCAUUAUCAUGCAGAUUGUUUUUAAUUAAAACCAGUUUUUAAGAAUGCAACAUAUAAAGAUAUCUUUCAUGUAGAAAAUUUAACAAAGCCAGAUCAAGAAAAAGUCAAAGCUAUUCUAGAAAAACUACAAAAAAUGGAAUUCAAAAAGAAACCUUAAUAAAAAAUAUCUAAUUCAAAAUCUAAAAAAAGUCAACCAAAAAACACUGACUUGAAAGAUUGUAGCAAUAAUGAGGAUGAUAACAAAAAAACUAAGAAAUUGAGUAAAGAGGCAGCAAAAAAGGAUAAAAUAUAAGAGACUACCAAAAAUGGAGAAUCAUCGGAAAGUCAGAGUGAUGAAGAUGAGCCUGGAAUCUUUGUGCUUUAUGAUAAGUCAUAAAAGGAGGAGUUCAAGAAGAUCCAAUAAGAUUUAGAGAAAAAGACAGCAGGUUAAUUGAAAUCGAUGCUAAAAGCGAAUGAUUAAACAUAAUCGGGAAAUAAAACAGAACUUAUUGAGAGAAUUGCUGAUUGUAUGAUUAAGGGAUGUUUAGAGAAAUGUCCCAAUUGCUCGGGAGGGAGACCAAAAUUUAAUCCAACCUAGAAAGUCUUUAAGUGUCCUGGAUACAUGGAUGAUACAGAAUUUAGAUUUUGCAAUAAAGUUUAUGGGCCAAAAGAUCUCAAGAGAAUUCCUUGGGUUGAUGUUUGA